CUGCAUAGAGCAACUAUCCAUUCAAUCACCUCUACGCUGCUUAAUGGGUUCAAUGCAUGGCCCAUCCCUAGCAACUUAAUUAGCGCGGAAUGCUUGAUCUUUCUUUAUCCGUCUAUUAAAGAUUGUAAUUUUGCUUCAUGGGGUGUCAUUAAUUGUACAUUGCCGUGGCUUGAUGUUGUUUUUGGUAAUAAGGUCCCUCGCGUAAAAUGUGAAACGGUUAAGAAAGAACAAUGCGAUGAUCCGACAUGGAAAACAAUUCUGGCUGAGGAUUGCCCAGCCGUUUGCGGAUUGUGCGAUCAAAAAAAUCCAAACUGCCGAGACAAAAUUACCUCUUGCAAAAAUGACGUCAGCAUAUGUCGCAAUGUUGACCUACAAGAUUUCGUAAAGAACUGCCAGGCCACGUGCGGCUUAUGCGGCAACUCUACUACUACGACUACCUGUUAUACGAAAUUGAAGCCAACGAUUCAUGCUGCUUUUAGCUGUUCAUCAUGGGUGGCGAAUGGCUUCUGUACAAGCACGUUCUACACCGAACAGCAAAAGCGACAGUACUGUGGCAGGGCAUGCAACCUAUGUUAG